CCGUUGGAUCGCCCAGGAGGCGUGACUGGGCGCUGGGAGGAGGGCGGGAGAGGACAGUGGAGGCGGGGCUGCCGCUGUCAUGGACGCCUGGGUCCGCUUCAGUGCUCAGAGCCAGGCCCGGGAGCGGCUGUGUAGGGCCGCCCAGUACGCUUGCUCGCUCCUCGGCCAUGCACUGCAGAGACACGGGGCCAGCCCCGAGUUACAGAAACAGAUCCGACAACUGGAGGGCCAUCUGAGCCUCGGAAGGAAGCUUCUGCGCUUGGGCAACUCAGCAGACGCCCUUGAAUCAGCCAAAAGAGCUGUGCACCUGUCAGACGUUGUCCUGAGAUUCUGCAUCACGGUUAGUCACCUCAAUCGAGCCUUGUACUUUGCCUGUGACAACGUCCUAUGGGCUGGAAAGUCUGGACUAGCUCCCCAUGUGGAUCAGGAAAAGUGGGCCCAGCGUUCAUUCAGGUACUAUCUGUUUUCUCUCAUCAUGAAUUUGAGCCGUGAUGCUUAUGAGAUUCGCUUACUGAUGGAACAAGAGUCUUCAGCUGGUAGCCGGCGAAUGAAGGGUUCUGGAGGAGGAGGAGUCCCAGGAGGAAUUGAACCUGGGGGACCUGGGGGCCCAGGGACUCCAGGAGGAGGCCUGCCCCAACUGGCUCUGAAGCUUCGGCUCCGARUCCUGCUCCUGGCUCGGGUCCUUCGUGGGCAUCCCCCUCUUCUGCUGGAUGUGGUCAGAAAUGCCUGCGAUCUCUUCAUUCCACUGGACAAAUUAGGCCUCUGGCGUUGUGGCCCUGGGGUUGUGGGGCUUUGUGGUCUUGUGUCCUCCAUCCUGUCUAUUCUCACCCUAAUCUGCCCCUGGCUACGACUCAAGCCCUGAUGUUCUGGUACAGGAUAAGGAGGGGAACUAAACUAGUGAGGUGGAAUUUUAGAUUGCAUCCCCCCCACCUGUACCAUCCUCAUUCAAAUUCUACUCCUUAAUUGAAGUUAAAAUCCAGAGAUUUGGGGGUGAAGGAAGGAACUUUGGGGAAGAUGAGGUGAGGACAGAUGAAUUGCCAAUAGAAUGAUUCUAAUACACAGCUAUGCCUGAGGUUUUAUUCUUUUAUUUUUUCAUUGUCUGUGUCUCUUGAUGUAAUUUAUCAAUCUUAAGACAAGAGUCUAUCUAUUAUCAAUCUUAAGACAAGAGUCUAUCUCUGUGUAUCUUUUUUACCUUCUCAGACCUCUGUCCAGAAAUUUAAAAUGGGAUUGCUUUUUGGUAGGAGAAGUUUAAGAUUUGGUUUGAAAGGUUCUAACUGCCUUUUUAUUCUCGGAGAGGUAGCUUAUGGCAGGUUUUCUCCUUUUAACUCAAAGUCAUAAUUUUUAUGUUCCAGUGUUUUCUCCUAUCUCUGUACCACAGGUUGAUAAUUUUUCUUCCUCCCUCGUAUCUACCUCACCAACCUCCAUUAUGAUUUGGCCCUUACUCUUCUCUGUAUCCACACCUUCAGAUUUCUGCUUGCACUUGAUUUCAGAGUUAUGUUCCCCAGCUGGGUCUUACCCCUUCUUUGCCUAUCCAUAUGGAUGCUGUGUCUAGCAUCUUGUUGUAAAUACUGUACAAUGAUCUUUGUAAAUAGCCAUUGCCCAUGCCCACAGUGAAGAGCAAGCCUUCCAGGUCAGCAAAUUAAAGAUCAGUUUGCUCAUUGACAUUUGGUCUGCUCCCUCAUGUUCUGGUCACUCAAUGGCCCCUAUUCCUGUCACUGUGGUUUGGAUUUUCCAUGGAAUUGGCUACUACCAUCACUACCCACAUAUUUUUAUUGAGCACCUAUAGUAUGCAGGGCAAAAUACUGGGUAGUGAACAUGUCAAAAGCUAAGAAGCUCCGUAGUGCCACAGUUCUUUGAGAUGUUUAUAGCUUAGUUGAAGAGUUGGGGGAGAAGUGGUCUUAGCUAAAGUAAUUACUCUGGCUCCACAAAACACACAUCAUUACCAGUUCAUAGUUAUAGUCCCUCCAAAAACUAUAGCCCUACAAGGCAGCACAGGCUAAAAAUCCAUGAACAGAACUAAGUGGAGUGAGAUUGGUAAGACUUGAUUUGGGGGCUGUCCCUUCACACACUGGGACGGACUCUCCGGGGUGGGUGGGUAAAUGGUACCACUUCUCUUUUGUGUUGCAUAUCCUAGGUUGAGAUAAAUAAGGGAUAAAAAUAAUCUGUCUCCCACCCCUGCUUCCUGUUCUAAAUCUGAAGAAAGCGUUGUUGACCUGUCAACAAAUAAAAGGAGUAGAAUAAAAGAGAAG